AUGUUGCCGGUAGCCGGUCCUUCGGCCGCCAGCUUAGGGGCAAAGAGCAGCUCGACACGCACUGCAAGCAGGUCCAAGACGAACAAGCGCAUCGAUCAGGAGCGCAUCCUCGACCGGCUCUUGGUCGCUUUUUUGGGUGGAGCGGCAUCGACCUCAUCAUCCUCCCUUUCAUCCAGUAAGGCCACUCAGAAAGCGAAGGCGAUCCAGUCGAUCGAUAAGGACUCGUGGUCACCAGCCGAUGAUGACGAGGUUGCCGCCGCGCUGCACGGUCUCUCGCUGAAACACAGCAUCCAUCUCGACUAUGAGCUCGCAACCGCCCUUAAAAGAUGCUUCUCGCAGCUCCUGGUCUCCAGCGAGCGAUCGGUGCGAUUCACGGAGCAGGUCCGGGAAGCGAAAAAGCGGCGAGGCGCGGAUCCCCGCAACGUCCCCGAUCCUCUCAUCCGACCCGACAACGUCUCUGAUGCGGUUCGCUUCCUGCUCCGGCUUUCUAAACCAGCGGACGUUACGGCACGCACCGCUGCAACUCUCAUGCUUAAUUCCACCCAGUCGAAUCGAGCGCAGUAUUUGACACCGGAGCAACGAAAACAGGCCGAGAAGCGCGAAUGGCUCAACAUCUUGAUCGACGAGCCCCUGCAGGGAGAUGCCUGGGUCGACGACGGCAUGGAGCAGGUCAAUUCCGAUUUGUCCGACUGGAGCUUAGAUUCUGAUGAAGAGCGACAGUUCAGGAUAGACCAGGGCUACGAUAGCGACAAGGGACUCCGCAAACGUAGAGACCGUCUCACUGCCAUUGAUGCCUCGAUACGACCCUCCGCCUCGUCGACGCACGACUUUCACCAACGCGAGCUCUGGUCUAAAGGACGGGAAUCGAGGCUUGAUGCGCUCAUCGACGCCAUCGAUAAGAGUGUACCAUGCUUGGUCGGUCAGGCCACGGGAGGCGCCAGACUCCUCGCGGAAGCAGAUGCCGUCAGAGAAUCAAUGUCCGCGCUCAUGGGUCAUUCGAGCGUCCUAUUCACUCAACAUCGUUCGGGGUAUGUCCGCAAGACCAACGCAAACGAAAGGCAGCAGUCCGUGAUGAACGGCUUGACAGAGCAGAUGGAAGCAGUCGCCGCACUCGCCGGUACGUUCUUGUCCCUCCGCAGCUUCGUCACCACAACCGUUUCGCAAAGCAUACACGCCGUGGAUGCCCUCACCAGAACACCGGCUGUCGAAGCUUUUGCCGAACAAAUGCAGAUCUUGCUGGAACGUCUGCGCUCUCGAAUUUCAGAGAUGGAUGCCGAUGUUGCAGCUGCCUCCAUGCCCGCUCAACCGACCGCCAUCCAUGCCCAAAGAUAUGCCACCAUGACGCAGCUACUCGAAGUAGUGCAUCGCGAGGCAGCAUCCGUUCUGUUGCUAGCAGCGCUGCUCAACGAGAUGGGUUUCCUCUCGAGCCCCAGCACCGAUACAGAAGCUCCCGCCAUUCCACGUGCUUUCAGUGACCGUGCUCUCAUCGACGGCCUGCAGGCGCUGCUCGCAUUUGUACAUCAACAGGACGAGAUUGCUCAUCGCGACCAGGUUCUAGCUGAUCUGAGCACCUGCCUGUUAGCUGCUUGCCGACCCGCGUGGAAGUCUGUCUGUCUUCUCCUUCAACGAGGUCUCAGCUUUGCUAUCCGACGAGAACACGACCCUCUGUUCGACGACCGUCUCGUCCAGCAUAUGAUCCGCCAGGAAGCAUCGCUGUCCACUUCCGACAGCACCUUUUGGAUGUCCGGAUACGUCGUCAACCAGACCAGUACCGACAUGUUGACCGACGAAGUUGUCGAUGGAGGCUACAGCACUCCAGUGUUUUUGCGAUCUAUCAUGCAGGACGUCUUGACGACGGCGAAAGGUGUCGGCUUGCUUCGAAGUUUGGGCAUCGAUGCACUCGGAGAGGUUCGGCCCAGCGAUGACCUCGAUCACGUCCUCGGCUUGUCCCACUCAGGGACAUUGGGAGCAGUCGACGCGUUGCAGAGCCACCCGCGGCACGGGGGAGACAAUGUCGAAGGUAACGUGACCAACCCUUCGUCCCUCGCGCCAGAUGACGCAAGGAGGAAGCUGCGACUGCUCUUGUUCUCCAAGGGCGCUUCGACGACAGUGCAGGAGCAGGACACAGCACUAGCAGCUGAGGAUGUCUUGCCGCAGACGCCCCUCUCGCCACCAGAUACCGAGCCGCUCUGGCAGAGCGCGCCAGCUCGUCCAUUUCAGCACACAUCGCAGCGACUCCUGGAGCCCAUGCUUGGACGAUUGCUGCAGGAGCACCUCUCGCCCAUUUCUGCCAUCGUACGCAAACGCCUGAUCGAGGUGCUUUCGUCGCCAGUCACCGAGGGUGGCUAUGCGUUGCAGUCUCAUCUCAGAGCAUGUCAUGGACUCUACUUUAUGCAGCAAGGCGCCGAGAUGGCCAGCUGGCUCGAGACGCUCUUCGUCGACCUCGAUCGACGCAACGGCACGUUGCGCGCCACCGAUCAUCACCGACUCAACUCAGGGUUUGCUGAUGCUCUCGAGGCACAUGAGCGGAGCAGUGCAGCGGAAGCGUGGAUCGAUGUCAACCUCGUACGCUUCUUCACCGGUGAUGAAGAGUCGAACAGCGCUGCAGCGAUUCGACAGAGAACGCGCAUCCGCCGACUCGCCGAUAUCCAGGUCGAGUACGAGGUGCCAUGGCCGCUCACCUUUGUGUUUCCGCUGGCGUGUAUGCGGUUCUACCAGUCGGUGUUCACGACCUUAUUGCAAGCGAGGUACGCACAGUGGAAGCUGGCAAGCACGCUCAAGCUGGCCAAGCCGGAGACGAUGCACAUGCGCAAAUUUUGGUCGCUUCGACGCCAGGCGCAAUGGCUCGUGCGAACGCUGAUCGAUUUCGUGCAGAACGACGUGGUGUUGCAAGACGGCCAGCGUCUCUGUUCGGCACUCGAAGGCAUCGACUCGAUCGACAGUGCUGUUCAGACGCACACGGAAGCGCUUGAGCGGAUGGAGAUGCUUUGUUUUCACAGUGCUGAGCAAGCCAAGGUCAAGGAGCUGUUCAGUGCGGCAUGGCGAAUCGGAGCAGAAGUUGUCAACAGUUACGAGCGAUUCAUUGGCACGAGCAGCCAGGAGGAGGACCGAAUCGCUCGAAGGAAGCGGCGGGAGCGACGUCAGAAACGGCGAGACAAGGCGAAGCGAGAUGGUGCCCCGCUUGGCGCCAUCGCAGAGGAAGAGGAAGAGGAGGAGGAGGAGGAGGAGGAGGAAGAAGAGGAAGAAGAGGACGCGGAGGAACAUCACGACCAGGAGAAAGAAGAUGGUGCCGACGUGCGCGACUCGGGUCCAUUCGCAUCCUCGGGAAUGGAAGGUGAUAAUGCUAUCCUGCCAUACUCUGACGCCUUCGACUCGACCCCGUUGGACGCCUCGAUGAGCGCAGACAUCUCGUCGAGCUGGACCGAAUCCGAGACGAACAAACGCGAACGCUUCCGCAUCGAGUGCGAACGCCAACGCAAAGCGCUCGACAGACUUGUGGAGGAGCUCAAGGUCAACAUCGACGACCAGAUCGGCCGCAUCGCGGCAAGAGCCGCUGUACAAGCGCAGGAUGCAACACAAGCCGACCGGGCCCUGCAAGAGCACGACUAUGCUCGAGCAAAGUGGCAGGGCUUGCUGGAUGCUUUGGCGUGGUCCGAUAUGCGCUACUGA